AUGGCAGCUUCACUUGUAGAAUCUCUAGCCAUAGAUGGCAAGCACUUUACAGAAACAGGAGAUGAAACCUCCAGACAGAAAAUCAUAGCUACAGCCAGCGCUCUCAUCCAAGAGCUUGAAAACCCAGGAGAGCAACUUGCGAGAAUUGGCUGGGGCGAACCAACUCGGACUGCUGCUUUUCGAACGCUCUUUAAUCUGGGGAUACUUCAGAAACUUGGACAAGAGCCUCAGAGCAGUAAGCAGUUGGCGGCUGGUACCAAAGCUGAUCCUGUAUUGGUUGCUCGAGCUCUCAAGCAUUUGGCUGCAAAUGGCAUUAUCAAAGAAGUCGGCCAAGACUCGUAUGUUGGAACGCCAUUCUCCAUGUCCACCAGAGAUCCAACUAUGGAGGGAGGCCUCAUAUACAGCUUCGAAGGCAUGAUCCCAACAUUCCAAGGUCUUCCUGAGUUUCUGGCUCAGACAAACUAUCAAGUUCCCAAAGAUGCCAACCAUUCUCCUGUUCAAUAUGGCUUGAGAACUGAUAACCCUUUCUUCAGUAUUCUCAGAGAUAAUGCUCGUCUAGGAAAAGCUUUCAACAGUUUCAUGGCUGGUUACGCUAAGGCAAGACCUCGUUGGACUGAAGUGUAUCCAUAUAAAGAACGACUGGGCGAAAACACCAAUGCUAAUGCUCCUUGGUUGGUUGAUGUUGGUGGUGGCCUUGGUCAUGAGUUGCUAGGCUUGGCUUCAGAAAAGGUCCUUGGAAGAUUGGUAUUACAAGACCUCCAGGCAGUCAUAGAAGAAGCCAAAUCAUCUGGUAACCUUCCCGAGAUUAUUGAAGCCAUCCCUCACGACUUCUUCACUCCUCAACCAGCCGAGUACAGAGGCGCAAAAGCAUAUUUCAUGCGCCUGAUUCUUCACGACUGGCCUGAUGCAGAGUGUGCCACCAUCUUAUCUCACCUUCGAGAUGCCAUGGACAAGGAUCGCUCUCGACUUCUCAUCAAUGAAACUGUUCUGCGAGAUGUCGGCGCUCCUUGGCAGCAGACGAGCCUCGACUGGACGAUGAUGGGAAUGUUGGUGAAUCGCGAGCGAACUGAAAGUCAGUGGCAUCGGCUCCUCAAUGACGCAGGAUUGAAAGUCACUGGAAUCUAUCACAAAGGCUCUGAGAGUGUGAUUGAAGCGAUGUUGGCUUGA